GGCCUUCCCAGGCAUGGCCACCCGGACGGGGGCCUGGGCUGCGGUCGCCGGCGCCGCCGUUGUCGCUGUGCUGUCGGCCGCGCUCGCGCUGUACGGGUCGCCGCUGGACGCAGGGCACUUGAGGGAGUGAUCGUUCUCUGAUGUUCUCGUAUUGACCAGUCACGUUAUACUAGUUUUGAAAAGAGCAUUUUCGCUGCAUAACGCGCACUCAGUGAGGGGCAUGGAAGACGCGUUACAGCUGGUGAGAAACGUCGUCCCUCCUCUCACCGCCAAGAAGCACAAGGGGCAGGACGGAAGGGUCGGCGUGGUCGGGGGCUGCCGAGAGUACACGGGGGCCCCCUACUUCGCAGCGAUCUCAGCUCUCAAAGUGGGCGCAGACUUGUCCCACGUGUUCUGCACCCAGGAGGCCGCGCCCGUGAUCAAGGCGUAUAGCCCAGAGCUGAUUGUCCACCCAGUCCUGGACAGCCCUGAUGCCGUUCAUGACGUGGAAAAGUGGCUGCCCCGACUGCACGCCCUGGUCGUGGGCCCUGGCUUAGGCAGAGACGACGUUCUUCUCAGCAACGUCAAGGACAUUUUGGAAGCAUCCAAGGCCAGAGGCAUCCCCGUCGUUAUCGACGCGGACGGGCUGUGGUUGAUUGCCCAGCAGCCGGCCCUCAUCCGGGGCUACCAGAAGGCGGUGCUCACCCCCAACCACGUGGAGUUCAGCAGACUCUCCGAGGCUGUGCUGGGAGACCCAUUGGACGGCCAGGACCGCCGUGGAGCCGUGCUGAGACUCAGCCAGGCCCUGGGGAACGUUACCGUGGUCCAGAAAGGGGAGCGGGAUGUGAUCUCUGAUGGCGAGCAGGUGCUGGAGUGUAGCCAGGAGGGCAGUGGCCGCAGGUGCGGGGGGCAGGGGGACCUCCUGUCCGGCUCCCUGGGUGUCCUGGUGCACUGGGCCCUCCAGGCCGGCCCCGAGAGAACAGACGGUUUCAGCCCUCUCCUGGUGGCUGCCUUCGGCGCGUGCGCCCUGACGAGGCAGUGCAGCCACCAAGCCUUCCAGAAGCACGGCCGCUCCACCACCACUACGGACAUGAUCGCCGAGGUCGGGCCCGCAUUCAGCAGGCUCUUUGAAACCUGAGCGGGCGCGGCCGGAGGAGCGGGCGCUGUGAUGGGGAGACCCGAGCUCCGCAUCCAGUCUGUCCGGGCCCCCGGGAGCCUCGUGAGUCCCAGCGACAUGGUCCACGCAGAGAAUGUCAGAACUGGGAAUGCAACGCUUUCCUGCUAAACUAGAGUGUACCUAGAGAUGUCAUGAAACGUGUUCCUGGGCUUCUCUUAGCUUCUCAGUGACAUCACGGAAAAGCGCAUGUGAGAACGAGCCGGCUCUCAGCAGCCCGGCUGCGGCGGCGGCCGGUUUGCUGCGCCCCCGCGCCAUUCCCUCCUCUCCACCCUCGGCCUCCUGCUGCUCCUGGUUACACAGGCGGUUCCCUCCUCAGACAUUCCUCAUGGCAGGGGGGGUCCCGUCAGUGGUUUUCAAAUGUCUCCGUGCAGAGUAAUGUUUCUUUUUCAAACUGAGGCCCCCAAAGGAUGUGGCCUUCAUUUGAACAGUGCUUAGGCUGGAGACACCUGGGGAAGCACUAAGCAUUCGCGGUCCUGGUUAACUGGCGGGAGUGUUUCAGAAAACGCAGUGAUCUCUCAGAGCCUGGAAGUCCUUCCGGAGGCACCUGGGGAAGCCACAGAAGGAGACGGGCACAGGUGAGGAUGCUUGCCUCUCCUCGCGUCGGCACAGAGUCGGCUGGCAGCUGGCGGCCCCUGCACAGCCCCACGAGUGGGAGGGGCGUCCGGGGCUUUGGGUGCUGGUCUGGUGGGAGACGGCACUGGGGGUGGGGGCUGAGCACUGUCCUCACGCCUGCUGACAGAGGACAGCGGCCCCUCUGCUUCAAGAGUGGACGUGGCCUUGAGAAUGUUCAGCUUCCAUUAAAGACGUUCUCUCUGAAACUGCAGUAAAUGAGGCUCGAUGGUGAAUUGUCGGCAUUGGGUCAGCUUGCGGGUGGUCGUCUGUGUGGGCAGGUCAGUGACUCAUUUUCUAUCGCAUUUCUCCCUGGCGUUGGUUCCAGCAGUGCAUCUGAAUGUCCUUUCAUCUGCUUGGUGAUGCCUUCCCCAGGGCAGGGCCUGUCCACGUCUGUAAACCUGUCUUCAGUUCAUGCUCUGUGGUCAGACACCUCUCCCCAGGCAGAUCUUUCUUUAAGCAGCUGUGAACUUGCGAGAUUCCUUUAAAAAUGUUUGCCACUGUGGUUUCACGUCUGACUGUGAAGCAGCUUCCCCGUCUCUGUGGGAACUUCUCCAGAAAGCCUGAGUGGCUGGCUUCUCCUUUGGGGAUUUACACCUCAGUCGUGGUUUGUGUUAAAAGCAGAUCUGGUUUAUCUCA